CGUGCGUGUGUGUUAGCGGGCUAUCAUCCCGUCGGCGAAUCGUUUGCACAUCACCGUCUCGUACGUUCGGGCGAAUGCGGUUCCCGCGGUACAGCUUAGGUAAUAUAAUAAUAAUAAUGUGGAACAUUACAGAAGUAACCGAUAUCAAUAUAACUAUGUCGCGAUUAUCAUAAUAAUAAUAUUGUUAGAUAAUCAAUUAUCUAGGUACGAAUCGACAGUCAAUUACCGUUUUUGGUUUUGGUUUUGCUGUUUUUCCAGUCAUGAAGACCGACGAAGAAAACGUUAGUUGGACCAGUGAAGGGUCUAAUAAACCUACUGGUACAGACAUUUCGCCUUCAUUAAUUAGUGCAAAGGUCACGAGUUCUACUCCCCCAAAUGAAUUCACACCAAACAAGGAUGAAACUUUACCAAGGCCAAAUUCUGUACUAUUCGAGAUGCCAACAGUAAAGCAUUUGUCCACACUGAGCACUUCCGUAAAAAAAUUACCUCAUCAAAUGAAAAGGGAAUCGACAAUUGAAGAGCUACAUAAUACCUGGAGAAAAAUGGGAGCGCAAGCUCUUGCUACAACUCUAUCUGCUCUCUACGGUAAACUGUUGGUCGUCAUGGGCAUAGCUUUCCCGAUGUCUGAAGUGAUAUCUACACACAUUCCUCAUUCAUUUUACGAGGGUUAUUACUUAUACCUUUAUUUCGGAAGUAUGGCGUUUCUUUUUUACAUGUACGCUAUGCUCCUCAAAGGCAAGCCCACAAUGACACCAGUCAACAAUAAUUUUAAUAAUUCAGUUAGCGAUUCGUUAUCCGAAGAUGGUUCGGGAAACAGCGACGGUGACUCGGAAUAUUACGAAGACAACGACGACUUCACAAACACCGGUGGCGUUGAAAUGGACUAUUGGACGUCUUACAACCCGAGAACCCGAAGACAAUCGUCUCACCUUGUGUUGCCUUCUACUUUCCAGCAUUACGGAAGUUUCUAUCUGAGAAUGGGCGCUGUGGCUUUCGGCAUAGGUAGUAUGAUUUAUUCCGGGCUUGAAUUUGGUCAAUACUUUGAACUUGAACCCGCGACGAAAUGUCACAAUGUGCUUCUGGUGCUCACCCCGGCAACAAGAAUGGCAUUCAUAUUUAUUCAGAUGUACUUUAUAUUUUUGAAUGACGAGCAACAAAUGAGAGUGACGCGGCACCGAGUUUUGGCAAAGUUUGGACUCAUGCACAUGAUCGGCACUAAUCUGUCAGUAUGGCUCAAUGUACUCGUUCAGGAAACCAAACACGAAAUACUAACUUUUUACAAUCCGGCGGACAAUUCCAUCGGUGUCGACAAACAACCAAAUCAUUUUUCACUGUUCAAAAAGUGGACGACCACGACGACCCAGUCACCGGCUUCGGCCAUGUCGUCGGUGGCCGACCGGCUGCGGCGCAGCAUCAACACGGGACCCCAUCACAUUUACGAGUGCCGCCGGACGAACAUAAUCGGGUCGCUGGUGCAGAACGCCAGCCCGUUCCUGUUUCCGUGCACGAUUGAGUACAGCCUGAUAUGCGCCGCCAUACUGUACGUGAUGUGGAAGAACAUCAGCCGGGUGCAUGCUGACGUGUACCGGCAACGGAAGGCGGAACGGUGUGAAAACCUGGCGCAAAUCACUCACUACCGGAAGUCACCGCACUAUUACUCGGUGGAUUGCGCACAGGCGCACAAAGGCUUGUUCGUCGGCAUACUAUUCUUGGUGCUCACCAUCAUCUCUCUAAUACUGUUCUUCGUGCUUAUUUCCCGCCCGGAGCUCAUCACGUUUGCCGUCAUGGAGGUGAAUGUCUGCGAGCUGUCACUGUACGGUAUGACCACUCUGGCCACCAUUGUCGGCAUGAUGCAGGUCAGGCAGCUAAAGUUCGAUGGACUGCGGAAUCUUGAGCUGGACAACAUACUGCUGGUGGGCGCACAGACGGGCACGUUCAUAUACAGUACAUUCACGAUAAUCAGCGGUCACUUCACAGAGGAGAACAACACGAUUCUGGUGCUGAUCACGGCGUCCGCGUCGCUGGUGCAGACGUUUUGUCAGACGGUGUUCAUACUGGACGCGUCUCGGCGGUCAUGCGUCACUCCCGACCAGAUACGCAAAAAGCCCGGCCGAGAGAUCGUCACGUUCUUGCUGGUCAGCAACCUGGCCAUGUGGGCCAUCAACACGCUGGAGAAGUCCAGGGCUGACUCGCAUCCCAUACAGCUCCAUUUCUAUGGCCUGUGGGCGUGGACCAUAAUCACGCACGUGUCCAUGCCACUGGCCAUAUUCUACAGGUUCCACUCGACCGUGUGCCUGUGUGAGAUCUGGAAACGGUCGUACAAGAUCAAACCGUCAUACAUGUGAAAGAGGUGUGGUCCGCCCCACGUCCUUCACCACCGUGCCACAAAACACUUUAAUAUAUUAUAAUAUAACCGAUAAUAUUAUUAUGAGUUAUUAGAUAUUCGGUGAGAUCGCUUCAGGGGACUGAGUCGUUUUCGAUUCCUGCAGUUCGGUUCCCAAGCUCUUCAAUAUUUCAGUACCGUCAUAAAGUAUUUACCAGUUUCGUUAUAAAAUAGGUAUUCACAGAUCCAUGUAAAUUGUGUACGAUAUGAGUAGGCAGUA